AACAUGAGGAGUUUAGAAGUUAAAAUUCCUACAUUAAUGCUUCAGUCGCUACUCAUUACUCUACUCCUUUGGUCCACAAAUUUUGAUAUGUGCAAUGCUAGACGAGGCAGCCAUUGGAGACAAAGCAGACCUCUUUCAGCAUCAUUAUUAAAGAAGAAAGGAAAAAGUCAUGGAUACCACGGCCACAAUCACCAUCACAGCAGUAACCCAAAACCAAAGCCAAAACCUGCGUCUCCAACAAUACCAACGCCGAGUCCAGAAGUUGGCACACCGCCAUUGCCUCCGCCAAUUCAGAAAGCUCCAUACUUAAAAGGGUCACCUCCUAAAGCUAUGUCACCACCAAAUCCUACACCAAUAGUGAAAAUCCCAUCACCACAACCACAAAAAGGUUCCAGUGUUUUCAGUGUGCUAGAUUAUGGAGCAAAGGGUGAUGGUAGUAGUGAUGACACUGAGGCAUUUGAAGCUACAUGGACUGAAGCUUGCAAAGUUCAGUCAUCAACGAUGCUAAUUCCAUCAGGAUAUCAAUUUCUGGUGGGACCCAUAACAUUCUCUGGUCCUUACUGCCAGAAAAACAUUAUUUUUCAGCUAGAUGGGACUAUUAUUGCUCCAACAAGCCCCACUGCAUGGAAAUCUAAUCUCUUGUGGUGGAUGGACUUCACAAAACUAGUAGGAAUCACCAUACAAGGAAGAGGCGUAAUUGAUGGAAGUGGCUCUGCUUGGUGGACAGACGCUCCAUACGAUCUAGAAGAUCACCAUGAAUUGCAAAUCAUCAUAAAUGACACAAUCCUAGAAAAGCCCCCUAUGCCGCUGAGAAGUGAGCUCAGUGGGAAAAUGCCAAAUGUCAAGCCAACGGCCCUAAGGUUUUACGGCAGCAUCAAUGUUACCGUCACAGGAAUAACAAUUCAAAACAGUCCUCAAUGCCAUCUCAAGUUUGACAAUUGUAUAGGAGUCAUGGUUUAUUCAGUUAGUGUUUCAUCACCUGGUGACAGUCCUAAUACUGAUGGAAUCCACCUCCAAAAUUCAAAAGAUGUGCUCAUUCACUCUAGCAGCCUUGCCUGCGGUGAUGACUGCAUAUCCAUACAAACAGGAUGCUCAAAUGUAUACAUCCACAGUGUAAACUGUGGACCAGGACAUGGCAUCAGUAUUGGAAGUCUGGGAAGGUAUGACUCUAAAGCCUGUGUCUCAAACAUCACUGUCAGAGACGUCAACAUACAAGGCACGAUGACUGGAGUCCGGAUAAAGACAUGGCAGGGCGGCUCAGGAUCUGUGCAAGGCAUAACAUUUUCAAACAUUCAAGUCAGUGAAGUUCAGCUUCCAAUUGUAAUCGACCAAUAUUAUUGUGAUAAGAGCACAUGCAAGAAUGCAUCAGCAGCUGUUGCAGUAUCAGGAGUCACAUAUCAGAAUAUAAAAGGCACAUACACUGUAAAGCCUGUACAUUUAGCCUGCAGUGAUGAGCUACCAUGCACAGACAUAACACUAAAUACCAUACAACUAACGCCAUUGCAAGAACAACAUCACUUGUACGAUCCCUACUGUUGGCAAUCAUUUGGGGAGCUAAUGGCUCCAAUUGCUCCUCCACUUGGUUGUUUACAAAUAGGAAAGCCUAUGAAGAGCAAGGUUCAGACUGAUGUUGAUAUAUGUUGAUGACAUCGUAGCUACUCUUUCAUGCAAUCCUAUAUUCCUUUUUUCAGUCGGGCAGAUAAUUGUUUGUUCUGACCCCUUUCACACUAUUGACUAGAUAGCUUGAGAGUAUGUAGAUUAAGGCUAGUAGGUUACAGAACCCUAUUUAGUAGGGUUAUAUAAAUUACAUCCAGCGUGAAUAUUGCUUACAAGGCAUUGUCAUUUUAUUCGGGCAUUGUCCCGGUGUAAGAUAUUACAAAAACCUUGAUAUAAAUGCUUGAUAACUAAUAUUUUG